AUGACGACAGCCGCACCACUGAUCAAUAACACUCAGAUCUCAGUAAAUGUGACCACAAAGAGCCAAGAACAAAGUCUCUAUCAAAGUUCUGGAGCAAUAGUUGCUGCCAUCGUAGUAGGAGUGAUUAUUAUUUUUACAGUGGUUCUGCUCAUAUUGAAAACGUAUAACAGACGCAUGAGAGCGAAGCGGGAGCUGGAGCCCAAAACCACCAAAACAUCAAUGCCACCUGCUUUAGGGCAGAACAGCAGCAGCAUGUCUCAGCAUCCUGCUGUGACUUUCAUACCUGUGGAUAUUCACCUGCAGAACAG